CUGCAUUCUGAGUACGUUGACAAAAAUCGACGUAGCUUUCUCUUCUAUCCAGGGCACAAGUUUGUGUUUUGUCACAGUUGUGACGGUCGCCAGUUCACUUUCUCACGCCACCAGCAGCAUCUGCAACCAUGGUCGCCAAGCAGAGGAUCCGUAUGGCCAACGAGAAACACAGCAAAAACAUCACCCAGAGAGGGAACGUCAAAUCGUCGAGGAACGUCAGUGAGGAUAAAGUGUCGGUGGGACCAUGGCUCUUGGCGUUAUUCGUCUUUGUUGUUUGCGGUUCAGCAAUAUUCCAGAUCAUCCAGAGCAUUCGCAUGGGCAUGUGAACAGGACCAGUGACCUUUCGCCAGUUCUUUCGCCUGAAUUUUGCCAAGGAAGCCUCUCUUAAAGGCUUUGUGUUGAUGAUAUUUUUUAAAAAUCGAUUUCUCUUCUACGAGGUGCAACAAUCCUGUCAUUCCUCUCUGGUGCCUUUACAAUGAAGAAAAAUCAGAAAGCCAUAAAAUAACAUUCCGAUCAAUUGUAACGUGAUCGUCUGUCAAUCUACUCUGAUCUAAUGUCAAAAUCUUAACAUGUCGCAAAGAGCGAGGUGAUUCCUAAUCCCUGACUUCUCGUUCAUUCCUGAAAUUAUUGUGCAAAAAUGUUUAAAAUGUGUUUGCUUUUUGGAGAUCCAGAAACAGCCAGCUAUUUUCUACUUUGCACAGGAUGAAGUGUUACGAAUGAAACGCCAGCCAAUUCAUCUAAAUCACAAAUGUUUUUCGAAAACUGCAUUACCUCUCUUCUAUGUCCAGUAAUUUAACUGCUGCUGCUUUCCUUCCAGUAUCUUUGGCCUAAAUAAUCAAGUUCUCUGGCACAUAAUCUUGUCAUUGUGGUGCUGUUGACCAUAAUACAGCGAGGCUUAGCGAUGCAGCUUUUUCAGAUGCUAUAAAUGUCAUGCUAGCGUAAUGGAGUGAAGAGGAACAGAGCUGGACGAAAAUAAAAUGUUUCAAAAAAGAGGAAAUGG